AUGGAAGUUUCCGGCCGAAGAGCCAAUCUAGAUAUAGAAGCAAGUUCGGCUGAAGUGACGCCCCUCUGUGAGCCAUGCAGGGCUGAAGGUAAAGAAUUGGAGGCCCAUGGAUUCUGCAACAACUGCAAGGAGUACAUGUGUCCAUCAUGCAUCAAAGUCCACGGCAAACUGACGGCCACGAAACAUCACAAUGUUCUUGCCAAGCAGAAAAUGCCAACUCAUUAUCCGUCAAGUAGAAAGCCUGCAGACGUCUCAGGGUUGGAGCUUUGCAAAGACCAUCCAUCAGAAGCAAUUAAGUUCUUUUGUCAUGAACAUGGACAGUUAGGUUGCGGGGAUUGCAUUGUUUUAAACCACAGGCGUUGCAAGGUUGAUUACAUACCGGAAGUCGCUUCUUCUUUUAUAGCGAGCAGUAAGUUUAAGGUUAUCGCUGACGAGGUGGCAAAAGUUGAGACAGUUUUAAACACUUGGGAAAGAAAACUUAUUUCAGACGAACAGUCGGUGCUUGACAUAAGUAAAGUCCAGUUGAAAAAAAUAAAAUAUUUUAGAGCUGAAAUCAAUGAAUAUCUUGACAAACGAGAAAAGGCGCUUGUCAAAUCCAUAGACAAUGCACGAAAGAAAGACGCAGACCUUAUACGGAGAUUGCUGGAAGAUAUACAUGCAGCGAAAUCAAUGCAAGCUAAAGCGAAAGCUAGGCUCGAAGAUCCAAACAAGAACGCUUACCAAAUUUAUGUAACAGCCAGACAUGCACAGAAUAUGGUAAGCUAUAUGCAAAAUUUGAUAAAGAAGGUUGAAACGGAAAAAACCGUGACGCAUUAUAAGUUUAGAAGAGAUAAGGAGACGGAAGACCUACUUUACUCGGAGCACGCGGUAGGAACAAUAGUUGAACAAAUAGACUUCUUGACCGCUAAGUGGAACAGGACGACUUACAUCACCAUUACAACACCGGAAGAUACAGGCACUUGCCAAAUAACAUGCUCAGCCUUGCUCCGGCCAGGUAUUUUCCUCCUUGCUGACUUAAACAACCUUUGUCUGAAGACCUUAGACCUGAAGACCGCUACGAUCAUGGACCGUCUGUCGCUGGAUGGUGAACCCUGGGGUGCCUGUCUGCUGCCGGGGGACAGGGCCGCAGUCACACUACCUGGUGAGACUCAGUCCAAGAUACAGUUCAUCAGCACAGGGAAUGCAUUGGAAACUGAUAAAUGCAUUACAGUUUCGGCAUGGUGUAAAGGAAUAACACAUGAUGAUGCCAAACUUUAUUUGACAUUUACGGGCUCGUUGCCUCGACUAGAAGUAAGAACAUUGAGCGGAGAUGUUUUACAAACCAUUAACAAUACAACCCUUCGACAAAGUGUAUUCCAUGAUCCGCAAUAUUUGACUACCAGCCACGACGAUAUCAGCACGAUUUAUGUAUCAGACAACGACAGUCACACUGUGGUCCAGUUGAGCCUGCAGGGUGAGCUGCUGCAAAUAUUCUCCGACCAGGAUCUAAUUAGACCAUGCGGUCUUGUGGACGUGGGUGGGGGCCAGGUGCUAGUCUGUAGCCAUGACACCGACAAUGUGAUGGCAAUAAACGUACUUGACGGGAUAAAGAGGAACAUGUUGAAAUUUAGAGGUCCGUACUCAGUGGCUUAUUGUCCAUCAUAUAAUUCAGUUGUCAUUGGAGGGUUUCGUGAUCAGAUGCCAGUUUACAUGCUUCAAAAGUAG